GAUGAGCUGGUAUUGGUCUGUCUGUCUGUCAGCUUAGAGAUUCUUCCGUUUGUUCAUAAAUGUAAUGAAUGUUAGCGUUAUGGCUGCUGCCAUCAUGUGUCCAGGAUUCGCCUUGCCCUCCCUCAGUGAAUAAUACGGAAGUAAGAUUAUGUUUGCGGCAGAAUGAGCGUGGGUUUCAUCGGAGCGGGCCAGCUGGCCCACGCUCUGGUGAGAGGCUUCACGGCAGCAGGCGUGAUUGCCACGCACAAAAUCACAGCCAGUUCUCCAGACACAGAUCUCCCCACAGUGCAGCAACUACGGAAAUUGGGUGUAAAUUUCACUACCAGCAACAAGGAGACAGUGAGCAGGACUGAUGUUCUCUUCCUGGCUGUGAAGCCCCACAUCAUUCCUUUUGUCCUCGAUGAGAUUGGACCAGAUAUCGAAGACCGUCACCUUAUUGUGUCCUGUGCUGCAGGUGUCACGAUCAGUUCCAUAGAGAAGAAGCUGCAGCAGUAUCGCACUUCUCCAAAGGUCAUACGUUGCAUGACCAACACUCCAGUGGUAGUCCGUGAAGGGGCCACUGUCUAUGCUACAGGAAGCUAUGCAGAUGUGGAGGAUGGAAAGCUCCUGGAGCAGCUGAUGGCCAGUGUCGGCUACUGCACCGAGGUGGAAGAGGACCUGAUUGAUGCAGUGACUGGCCUAAGCGGCAGCGGCCCUGCUUAUGCUUUCACAGCUGUAGAUGCGCUUGCUGAUGGUGGUGUGAAAAUGGGCCUGAACAGGAGAUUGGCUGUACGCCUCGGAGCCCAAGCACUGCUGGGGGCUGCUCGGAUGCUGUUAGACUCGGAGCAGCACCCUGGGCAGCUCAAGGACAAUGUGUGUUCACCAGGGGGCGCCACGAUCCACGCCCUACAUGUUAUGGAGAGCGGUGGCUUCCGCAGCCUGCUCAUCAAUGCCGUGGAGGCUUCUUGUGUUAGGACGAGGGAACUUCAGUAUUUGGCUGACCAGGAGAAGAUUUCCCCUGCUGCCAUAAAGAAGACAACUCUGGACAAAGUGCUGCAGCAACCGGGAGUCACUCCAGACGCUGUUGGAGUCACAUCUCGUGGGAUCAGUAUGUUCAACAGCAGCACCAGCUCCAGGACCAAAAAGAAAUAAAAUAACCUGCCAGGUGGAGAAACUGCAAACUUGAAUGCAACUUGUCAUAUCACUGAUGAUCCGGCUAUAUGCUACAACCACUACUGCCGGGUAGUUGUUGACCUAAGUAAGUAAAUCACCUAAAAUAUGAGGUGAGACUUUACAAGAAAAAGAUUUCAAGCCAUAAUAACUUCCUUUUCUAAGAAAAUCUCCAUUUCCGUUACCAUGAAAUGCUUUUUUUCUUCUUCUUUUUUAUAUCCCUGUUCCUGGUAUUUUAGUUGACUCAUGGAAUAAAAAUGCUCCUAUCGGUUUCUUCUCUGGCUUUCUAAACCUUGUUUCUGAUGAUCGUGUUUCCUGCCAAAGAGGUUCACUUCACAACUUUUUUUUUUUUUUUUUUUCCCUCGAGGUGGUAUCCCAUUGCAGCUUGUAUUGUACUGUGUACCAAAAUCAUGUCUUGCAAUACUACAGAUAUUGAUAAAAUGCUAUAUUAUGUACUCCAAAUGAGUGUAUUUUCAAAAUAGUUUAUUAUUAAAUGUGGAUAUUUAACUAA